AUGACGCCAAAUCACCACUCCUGGCACGGAGUGAUACUCGCUUUUGUGACGCUGCCGCCCGUAUUGUUCGCACUAUAUUUCUUUAGCCAGUUCCCGCGCGUCCCGGACGCGAUCGAGAUACAUCCGUCGCUCGCUAGUCUGUCCGCGAGCCACAGGGUCGUACAGAUAUAUCCGGAGGACAUUUACGAGGGCGGCGCGUACUUCGAUACGCCGCAUGGACGGACACGUUAUUGGCUCGUCGGGCCUCAGAAAGGAAAGAAGGUCGUACUCAUCCACGGCCUCUCGAUCCCCUCCAUCGUUUGGAAGGACGUCGUCGCUGUGCUCACAGGGAAGGGGUACCGUGUCUUAGUUUACGAUCUGUACGGGCGAGGAUACUCUGACGCACCGGCUACGACCUAUGACGCCGCGCUCUACGCCACACAACUCGCGCUCCUGAUGCAACAUGUCAAGUGGGACAAGGCCUAUGUGGCGGGGCUAUCUAUGGGCGGUGGUAUAGCUACUGCAUUUAGCACAUGGUUCCCUCACCUUGUGGAUGGCAAGGUCGCGCUCAUCGCGUCUGCCGGCUUAAUUCAGCCUAGCGAAAUGUCGCGCACAACGCGAUUCAUGUCCUCACCGCUUGUGCAAGCAGCCGCAGACAGCUUUCCCGGCCGUAUGUACAUGCAGCGCAUGGCCGACUCUUCACACUCGAAUCCCAUUAUGGAGCUUCUGCGCAUUCAGUCUGCGUACUUGAAGGGCUAUAACUCCGCGAUUGCCUCGUCCCUGCGGGACGGUCCUAUCCGCGGUCUGGAGUGGGCGUUCCAGUCCCUUGCGUCUUCCGAUAAUGACGUACUGCUCAUUUGGGGUACGGACGACGACACCGUGCCCUACCGACAUGCAGGAGUUAUGAACAAGAUGAUACCCCGAUCCAAGCUGGUCACCAUUGACGGCGCAGGUCACGACCUGACCAUCGCCCACCCCGAGGUCGUGGGCGGGGCGCUCGCCGACUUUUUCAAGGCAAAGUAA